GGGACAGUAUGGCCGAGAUCUGCAAGCAGGCGACGAAGGUCUCCUCGGCAUCAAUCGGUGAGACCAGGCUGCGGCGGUUUAGGAUCGUCACUGCGGUGGGGGAGGAUACGGGCAAGAAGAGGCAUAGAGUGGAUCCUGGCUGCGACUACGUUGAGAACCACGGAGAGGAUACAAGGAAUGGGUCGACACAGAGGACAAGAGCAGCAUUGAUGGAAUCGGAGCGUAUUUGCAGAGCUAGAGAUUUGGAGUCGAUGGUUGGGGAUGGGCGUCCAAGGUAUGGGGUGACAUCGGUCCGCGGUCGGAGGAGGGAAAUGGAGGACGCCGUUACUGUUCGCUUAGACUUCGUUCAUCGACACCAUUUCUUCGGCGUCUACGACGGCCAUGGAUGCUCGCAUUUGCUACCGGAUGGGGCAAAUUGGUGCCGGCCUUUUCAGGUGGCGGAAUCAUGCAGAGAUCGGAUGCAUGAGAUGGUGGUGGAGGAAAUAUCGGCAUCGAUGCCUGGGAAGGGUUUGGAUUGGCCCGCCAUCAUGGAGAUCAGCUUCGCGCGGAUGGAUGCGGAGGCUGUGGCCUGUUGCAACGGAGGGUCGGCGCCAGGCACAGUGGUGGCGUCCUGCCGGUGCGAGAUGCAGACGACCAAGUGCGAUCACGUCGGCUCCACCGCCGUGGUCGCGGUGGUGGAGCCGACAAGGAUCGUCGUAGCCAACUGCGGCGACUCUCGUGCUGUGCUCUGCCGAAACGGCGUGCCCGUCCCUCUCUCGUCCGAUCAUAAGCCGGACCGACCCGACGAGCUGAGGCGGAUCGAGGAGGCCGGUGGUCGAGUCAUCUACUGGGACGGCGCCAGAGUUCUGGGUGUCCUGGCCAUGUCGCGAGCGAUAGGCGAUAGUUAUCUGAAGCCGUACGUGAUAGCGGAGCCGGAGGUGACGGUGACGGAAAGGAAGGAGGAGGACGAGUGUCUGAUACUGGGAAGCGACGGACUCUGGGACGUGGUGAGCAACGAAAUGGCGUGCGAGAUCGCGAGGACGUGCCUGCGGAACAGCGGCCCGAGGGCGAGGACCGCGGUGGCGAUGAGGGAAGAGGAAGAAACGGGGUCGGACAGGGCAUGCUCGGACGCAGCGCUUCUGUUGACGAAGCUAGCGUUGGCGCGGCGCAGCACGGACAACAUCAGCGUCGUCGUCGUCGAUCUCAGAACAAGACGCUGAACGAAGCGCCGCGUGUCAGUGGCUGGGACGUCGGACUGUCAAACGGGUCUCUUUAGUUUUUAGUAGGGGACUUUUUUUUUUUUUGAAGGCAUGUUCAUGUUUUUUGGCCGUAGGAUUAGGAAAUCAUCCAAUCCCGAUUCAAAAGAAAAGCAAUCGAGAUCGUUGGUUUUAAAUCGAUGGCUUGAUUUGAAUGAUCGUUGGUUUUAAA